CCAUCACCAUCACCAUCAUCUCCAUCAGUAUCAUCUCCAUCACCAUCAUCUCCAUCACCAUCAUCUCCAUCACCAUCAUCUCCAUCACCAUCAUCUCCAUCAGCAUCAUCAGCAUCAUCA